AUGACGGCGAACUGGUGGAGGGCCGAUAUGGCCGGACUAUCACAGCAACAUAGCUCAAGGACACACCACGGUCGCUGGAGAAUCACCAAUAAGGACUCAACAAUGUCGCCGCGGCCGACAAUCUGGUGCUUAGAGAAUUUUGAUGCAUUGACAAGGAACCAAGGAAGGCUAUCACGAGGUGAUAUGUCCCGCGAGGAGUUGAAAGGUGGAUGCUUUGAAUAUGGCAAUGAGACAAUGUCCACCGUAAAUACACUUUCCGUGGCGACUAGCACAGGAAUCACGGUUCCAACAGCAGAAGCUGCUAAUAUGAGUUCCUGA